CUUUUAAGGAGGCGCGGUUCGCGUGCUCAAGUCUGCACGCCUUCAGCAAGUUCUUACGACGGUCCAGCGCGCUGCACACCAUGGCGGCGACGACGCUUCUCUGGCAGGUGGUGAUGCUGGCAGUGGCUGGGGCGCAUGCGCAGUUCGACCUACCGUACCCCCUGCAGCUGGUGCGAGCCGCUCCUAGUGCAGUCAGCCCACAGCUAUACGGCCCCCAGCCUGAGGCUGUGUCGCUCAUCAGAGGCAGCACGCAACCAGGCGACAGCCCACAGCAGGCGCCCGCGGAGGAGGAGAUGACGCAGUUCCACUCUCAGGACGCGGCCGGGCGCUCGCUCUUCGGCUACAUGAUGGCCGACCAGGCGCGCAUCGAGGCCAGGGCUCCCGACGGAUCCGUCAGGGGCUCCUACACAUACCUGGACCCCAGCGGACGCGCCAUAAAGGUGCAGUACUGGGACGAGGGGCAGGGCUUCCACGCCGCCGGGAACCACCUGCCCGCCUCCUACCCCGGUCUUCCGCAGCCCGUCCGGGACACCCCGGAGGUGGAGGCGGCGCGAAAGCAGCACCUGCAGGCCUACCAGCAGAUGCUGCGCAGACAGCUUCAGCUGCUGUACCAGCAGCAGCAGCUGCAGGAACAGCAGCAGCAGCAGCAGCAGCAGCAGCAGGUGUACCAGCCGCCCUCCGGGGGCGGCGGUGACAGCGAGGUGGUGGUGGUGGAGAGCGACCCGGCGGCGCCGCCCACGGACUACGCCGAGGACGAUCCGGGCCAGCGCUACCCCUCGCUGCCGCUGGUGGCCGCCCUGUACGACCCCUCGCACGUGCACGACGUCGGCCGCGACGCCGUCAUCGUGGACUCCGCCGCUGCCAGGCAGCCUCAGCAAGGAUCUACGAUCGGCGAUCGCCAAAACUCCACCGACUCCUCGGAGGCCCUAGUGAAUUCUGGAGGAGAUGUUGUCGGUCACGACGCUGAUUCUGCGCAGCGGUUCAUCAUCGUGUAUGCGGACAGCGCAACCGGAGACAAUACUAUUAGUGAAAACGAUGACGAGAAGCCUUCAGCGAAACAUGUGCGUUCAGCGCUGCAAAAUACGAGCACUUCCGACGUCGCCGCCCGGCAGAAUCACACUGCGACUGCAACUCGGCGGGCUAGAAGGGGCAGGGUAACUAUAUACGACUACAUCAAAGAACGCGACCCCGAGAAGAUGGCCAGAAAUUUCCCAGAGUCGUACUUGAUACAGGAAAUUUUCAACUCGUCGAGAGCUUUAAGGCGUAAUGACGAUGACACGGAUGAUCUCCAGAGGGCCGCGGAAAGGGAAUUCCAGUUCCUCCACAAAACUGGUGGGGCCAAGAGCCGUGGUCGAUCUAUGUUAGCAGCAGAUGUGGUGACCUCGGAUUCUGGUAAUAGGCGGAAGACGUUCUACAAAGCUGGAGUGGUCCUGCCAGACUUGAGUUAUCCUACAAGGCACAGUGGAGUAUCAGAGACGUCUAGGCAGGAAGGUGGCGCUGCUUUCCCUGGAGGGGAACCAAUUACCAAUCGAGGCUUUUCGACAAGUUAUAAUGGAAAUAGAGGUACCUACAGACCGCAGUUCACAUAUGUUGAGAAUAGAGGAAUCGAUACCUCCAGGAAAGGCCAGUCCGGCCUUAGCCACAGAUAUGACGAUCGUCCUUUGGUUUCCACCGAGGGAGAGAUUUCUCGUAAUUACUCUGUCUCGUCAGUCAAUUCUGCUUCACAAGAUUCUCCACACCCUGUUUACUACCCUCCCACUAACUCAUACUCUAAUCAGACGCAAGCGGCUGUACAUGUUGUGUACAACGAAGCAGGACGCUCGAAUGAGCACAGAAAACACUCUUCCUUACCAGGUGUUAGUCCUCUAAAUCCACAGCAAGAAGGUAACCUGGGAGCAUACGACCCGCGUCAUUUUCAGGAGCCUUAUAAUCAUCAGCAAUUACCUUCAGACGCAUACUCUAGGCCCCAGGAGCAUUCCAGAUCACGUUAUGUGCCACAUCCAGUUUAUUACAAUGGUAAUAGCUACUCUGACGUUAAUGAGACUCAGGUGGCUGUACAUGUUGCGUACAACGAAGCAGGACGCUCGAAUGAGCACCGAAAACAGUCUUCCUUACCAGGUGUUAGUCCUCUAAAUCCACAGCAAGAAGGUAACCUGAGAGCAUACGACCUGCGUCAUUUUCAGGAGCCUUAUAAUCAUCAGCAAUUACCUUCAGACACAUACUCUAGGCCCCAGGAGCAUUCCAGAUCACGUUAUGUGCCACAUCCAGUUUAUUACAAUGGUAAUAGCUACUCUGACGUUAAUGAGACUCAGGUGGCUCUAGAUUCAUCAUUUAACGGAACAGACAAUGAUGGGAACGGAGGGCAGUAUCAAUUGUUCGACGACAGCUCUGUAGCUUCCUCGCAUUUUGGAACAAUGGUGACUACUCAGCGACGAAAUAAUGAAAGGGUGCCGACUAGGAACUACUUCCCGGAAGGCAGAAUGCCGGUUGUUGUUGGGGAUGAUGUUGCCUAUAGUACCCCACACAACAAGUAUGGUGCACUGUUUUACAAAGUUGACUCAGAUGGUGAUGGAAGUCGCGGUACUGAUAGUGACCACAGUAUUUUUAGGGUCAGCUCUCAAACUGUCGCCCCACCCCACGUUUCAGGCGGUUUCUACAGCAAGGGGAGCAGUGCCCAUAGCGACCAGCCGACGCAUUACGGCGGCCACCCAUCGGGCGUCACCAACGUCGGAGGGUACCCACCUGUGGCCAUGCAGUACCUACAGGACAUUGCCAGAAGAGCUGACACGCCAGUCUACAGGCAGGCCGGGAGCAAGGAGGCAGUCAUCCUCAACAACCUGAUCGGCAGGAGCGCUUCGUCGAAGGCCAGAUCUCUCGAAGCUCCUGCUGGGGAAGCAGGUAAAGUUGCAGACCCAGAGGGCGGAUCUGGUGCCAGUAAAGAGGAGCUGGUGGCGGAGACGGUGGCUGCCGGCUCCUCCAGAGACGAACACGCGACAGCGGCCGAGACCGAGGCUGGAGAGGCCAACAGAGCUACUCCUGGAAACCAGCGGUCGGUGGUGUCGCUGAAGGACGGGGCAGCGGAGUCGUACAGCGCCAUGUACAUCCACCCGGGGCGCCAGGCCAAGGCGGCGUCUCCCAAGGCCGCCGCGAUGCCGCAGCCGCAGGUGGACGGCGGGUUCUUCUACAGCUUCCACCACCCCGUCAUCCCAGUGGCGGUGCAGGUGGCGCAGCCUGUGGCAGCCGACGCCGCCGACGCCGGCGCCGCCGCCGACGCCAAGGCGCCUCCGCGGGGACUCAGCGUCUCGCAGAGGGCGUCGCUAUACGACGCGGUGCCCGUCGCUGCGGUCCACGACGCCCAGGUACCGCCGUACCUGCGUGGCGCCAUCACAGACCACCAGACCAAGCCCGUCUUCAUACACUACGACCCGGCCGAUGCGGCUGCUGCUAGAUAGGCUACUGCUGGACGACCUCCUUUCCUCACACAAUCCGUACAGUGACUACAUCACCUCCAAACGCACUUACCACAAAUUCUGCAUAGCAUCCAGAUAAUGAGGUCUCACUUCUCACUCGCCAAUUAGGUAUACAUCUGGUGUGUGCCACAAAAAACAUUAUUUACGUAAGAAUAAUUUUUAAUGACACCACAUGACUAUGGGACUGGUUAAUAUGAAGUGUCAAGACAUGAGCAGUGUCAGAAUAAAAUCAGAACUGAAACUUCUCAUAUAUCAAGUGAAAAACAUUUUGUACUGUCGCUUAUGUUGUAGAUAGAGAAGUACAUUCUGCCAUCCGCUUCGUUUUGCAUUGUGUCGAUGUGGAUGUGCAAUAACUAUCACUUGUCUUUUGAAACUGAGGCUUAUUUUUGUUUCCAUCCAAUUGGUUUUUGGUAUCUUCAGUAGUAAACGAAGAAGAUAAAUGAAAUAUUGUUAACUUGCCAAUUCAAAUGUGUGUGAAAUCUUAUGGGACUUAACUGCUAAGGUCAUCAGUCCCUAAGCUUACACACUGCUUAACCUAAAUUAUCCUAAGGACAAACACACACACCCAUGCCCGAGGGAGGAGUCGAACCUCCGCCGCGACCAGCCGCACAGUCCAUGACUGCAGCGGCAUAGACCGCUCGGCUAAUCCCGCGCGGAACUUUGCUAUCAUUGUUUUUUUGUUGAAGUAUAUAGUGUCUCGCGGUAGCACUUUAGGGUUAACUUAACAUUAAAAUGAUUUAAAAAUAUUUCGUUCCUAGAUGUGUAAUGUAUCCUAGCAGAAUUUGUACGUUAACUUAAUACUGAUAUUGCUUACAAAUAUCUUCUUGUAGAUAUGAAAUGCAUUGUACACACCCUUCUAAGUUAACUUAACAAAUACAUCAUUUAUAAAUAAUAUGAAAUCUUAAGUCGACCUAAAAAUACUACUAUGUAAAACUAAAAACAAAAUGCUUCUAGUUAAGUAAAUAGUUACUUUCCUUGUAGACCAAUGAAGAUACCAGAAUGGUUAAGUGAAACAAGUAUGAUUAUAAACAAAUAUAAUAUUCAGUUGCAAAAGACAAUUAAAAGUUAUUCUUAUCUACAAGGUAAGCAGGAUAGAUCUAGCUAUUAAGAAUGCCUCCAAAUAUUAACUAUACCAUUACCACAUCACAGACGUACAUACAAUGUUGUGAAAAGCUGUUUAAAUGGGACAUCUGCGCUAUUUAUAAACUUGGUUGUUACUUCAUAAUAUUCAGUGACAGUAAGCACCUAAUAAAAUAUAAAGUGCUGAAUUUCUACCUGCACCACAUCAGCAACAUUUUGUUGUGUAUUUCUUGGUAUCAUUAUUCUCAACAUCUCGGCCUCCGUUACUGUCUGUUGUUAACAAGUGAAUAUGGAACACGUUUUGCCACUAAUGAAGAUCAUUUUAUGUAGCAUAUUUAUACUAUUGUCGAUAGUGGAAUCCAUUAUCGUUGUGUUUCUGUAUCAUUUCUUUAAUCAACUCCUUGUUCCGGAUGUAAAUAUUAUUGAGACGCACCUACUACAAUGUCUCGCAAGUUGCUGCCUUUGAUGUCUGCAAGAACUUCGAGGCUCAACCUAGAAGACAUGAUUUGAUUCAUUUGCAUAAAUUUCAUAGUGCCCAUGAUAGUAUCUUUACUCGCUAAGUGACGGGGAAACUACAUAGCGAAGUCGAGUUGCAUAUUUCUUUGUUUCAGAACUGUCUUGGAUGAAUGAUUAUAGAGCAAAACGAAUACUUGUAACUUCAUUUGAUGUUUAUACCUUUGCACACAGAGACAAUCAUACAGCCACUUUGCGUUUUUUGGCUGCUACAGAGUAUACUACUUGCCGCUGUGGAUAUUUCUUAGCUGAUACAUAUAACAGAGGUAACGAGAACCGGGGGUGAUGUGGAUGCAGGAAAUAUGUUGACUUAACAUUUUUGGAAGUACGUAACUUGCUUGACUCUGUUGUAAAGGUUGUCUGAUUUGCACGUUCCUCUUCAGAUGCUGUAGCAAUAUUUCUUACAAAUAUUUCUUAAGUUAGUUACAGAUUUAGUACCGUUAAUGCAAUUUAUACUGUUUUCUGAAUUUUUUAUAAGCUCGUUACUGUAAAGCUAUGAUAAACUGAAUGGUAUGGAGCGACAGUUUGUGCCUCUAGAGUGCACAGGCGAUUUACUAAAGACUGCAUUUGACUGCAUGUAAUGUUACUGUGUAACGUGGGUCCAACUUUUAAGGUGACGAUUGGUUUGUUAUUAUAUAAAAAUAAUGGUUUGUGACAUUAGGCUUGAGCUUUAUGUAUACGUAAGCACUUGAAACGCAGAGUGAGAGAUUAAAUAAUGCAGGUGUAUAAUCUGCAUUCUUUAGUAAGCUUAUUGUUAGCUGUAAGACAUGAUGUGUAAAACUACAUAAAGUCGCUUUACAACAACCCACACAUCUGUUUAGGCUUUGAGCGGACUUUGUAACAUCGUCAAUUUAAACCUCAGUAAAUGUACAGAAUACAUUUUUUAAAUUUCGCUAUGUGCCAUUGUUAUGAUUUUUAAAAACUGAUAUUGAGUAAUUAAAAAAUCGAACAAUAAAAUGACUUUACAAUUA